UUAUUUUACGCUUUUAAUAUUACAAAAAGCUCUUGUUUUUUUACGCCUCGUAUAGAACUAUAUCGACAUAUCGUCCUAAAAAUUUUAAUCAUGUUUGGUGCCAUUUGUGCAGGACGUUUAGUACAGACAAAUUUACAACAGGUUGCUGAAAACCAGUUUGUGUUUCAACUUGAUUUUGCUGAAAGUCUAAACCAUAUCGUUGUCUUCUUAUUACCAACUGCUCCGUUUGCUCCUGGUAUGGGAGCUAAGGUUUAUUUUCAAUGGCCAGGAAAACCCUUUCAGUUUCUUGGUUAUUUAACCAAUGACAAACCAAGUGCAAUCUUUCGUUUAAAAAAUACAAUUCAAUCGCUGUCGGAUAACGCUCCUUGUAUCGGUGUCACUGCGGUCCUGGGUAUUAGCGUGGAGCCUACUACCAACUUCAUUGAAACUCCUGCUGGUGAGGCUGCAGCUACAUCUGCUGUCGCGAAACCCCUUCCUCCUACAACCUCAAUUGCUCAACGUAUCUUACGUAAUUUGUAUAAUUUCCUUGCAAGCUUUGCAAUCUCUCAUCUUCCGCCCAAUUCUGUCGGUUUAGGAGAUUUACGUCCUAAUGAUACCUACAUCCCCUUGAAAGUUUUCCAAGAUUGGCAUACGAAAUUCUUGGCGAAAAUCAAUAAUAAUCCCAACUUUUUGGACUCGGAUGACCAAAUUUAGUUUAUUCCUCCUUUUUGUACAAUUAUCGUCUGUUUAUGAAAUGUGCAUGGAACGUUAUUUAUGAUAAAUAUUUCGCUUAUCUGUUCAAUUUAACUUUAUAAUUGCGUUGUUUGACAUGUUGCUUUUUCCUUAGAUCGAAUUUGUAUUCAUUUAUGUAAUUAGGAUCUAUCUACUAUUAAUGGUAAUAUAUUUAAGCUCUAUGAAUAGCGGACAAAUCUUCUAAACGCAAAAGACCACAUGCC